AAUUCUCGCAAAAUUAAAUGUUGAAGGAAAAAAUUGGUGCUUCAGUAUGAAUCAUGGCAUAUCAUGUAAUUUAAUAUAAUGUAUCAUUGUUUUUGUUAACUUUUAAACUUCUUCGAGUACUCAUUGAAAUUAUGUCAACUGAAUAAAUAUAUGUAUGUCAGCAUAAAAAGGUAAAUAUGCCUCUUCACGAGCUAGAAAAUUGGUACCUUUCCGUUCAGCAAUUUGGCAAUUCCUCGCUCAGCCGUUCACAGAUUGGCAGAUUAGCGGAUUGCCAUUCACCCGAUUGAUUGGCGGCUUACAGAUUAGCACCGUAGCGGCUUGCCCCGUUCAUCGUCCAAACGGGCAAUUCAGCAUCGCAGGUAAACACUUAAACGCUGCGCCUUUUGCACAUGAGCAGAAAUGCUUCCAAGUUAAAAAAAACAAUGUGAACAGAGGGUGAGUUAAAAAAUUGUUAUGUACACGUUUGCAAGGUUUUAUAAUCAUGACUCGCACUACGAUUUGUGCACAUGAACGUAAAUUAUUUUUUCGUAAGCUGAUAUAACUAGAUCAAAUGCAACCUGUUGAGAACAGGAAGGAAAAAAAAUACAUACGAAGGGUGUCAAACGUGCCAAACGUGUAAAGGGAGGAAAUGCCUUAAAAACACAUUUUGUGUUACAACCAUUGCGAGGAGAAAAGAAAAAAUAAAAAUGCAUUCACACACAGAUUUUCUUUUUUCCGCAAGUGUGAGAAAAAUUAAUAAGCAAUUCGCGAAAAAACCAUUUUGUUCAUUAGCCAAAUUUUGCAAAAAUCACAGCAUCUUCCUGAUGCGAAAGAAUCCCUUUUCAGAACAAAUAAUAAUCGACUCAAUAAAAAAAGCCCAAAAUGAACUAGAUAGGGGCUCUCUGUAUUCACUACAGGAGUCAGUCAAUAGCAAUUGUAACUGCCUGAAUGAAGAAAAAAAGGCCAAAUUCCGAAAGGCCCUUGAUGAAUUAAAUGCUCUGCUAACUGUUAAGUCGAACUUGAAGGAGGAGAAAAUUCAAAUAUUAACUGAAAGGAAUUCGGACGGGUAUAAAAAUAAAGAAAUUUUGGGUCUAUUCAUCACGGGUUUUUUCUUUGCCAUCGGUUCAGUCACCCACUCUGUUUUUUAUUUGGUGAGUGUCUACGGUCUUUAUGUACUGCAUAAAGCCUCCAAGGAAAAUGAUGGCAAAAUUUACGUUGAGAGAAAAUUAAAUGAAAAUAAGGAUAAAUUGUUAAGGAAUAAAAAAAAUAUACAAACCAUUUUGUCCGCACUGGAGCAGGAUUUGAUAAGCAAAAAAUAGAAGC